CUUAACAGCCGUGUCUAUGACCCCGACCGCCAUUACGCUGUGCUGUCAAAUAAGUUCAAUAACCAAUAAAAUUGGAGCUUUUUAAAAUUAACAGGAAAUCGUCUUCACAACAGAAAACUGUUGUCAUACACUUAAUUUAGAUUUCGCAUCUUACAAUGGCUCAAAAUAUCAAUCCACAUUACGCGUCCUCUUCAAAUCCAGCGAAGCAGAACGAAGAUACUGUAAAAUUAAAAGACAAUCAUGCUGUGAGUAAACGACUUCAAAAAGAGUUGAUGGAACUCAUGCGAUGUGCAGACAAAGGAAUAUCAGCGUUCCCUGAAUCCGAAAAUCUAUUUAAAUGGAUCGGCACAAUAAGUGGUCCAUUAGAGACUGUAUACGCGGGCCACAAGUACAAACUAUCGUUGGAGUUUCCUAAUUCGUACCCAUACGCGCCGCCUAUAGUGAAGUUUUUGACUCCGUGCUUCCAUCCCAAUGUUGACACGUGCGGUUUAAUAUGUUUGGACAUAUUAAAGGACAAAUGGACGGCUCUAUAUGACGUACGCACGGUGCUGCUGUCCAUACAGAGCCUGUUAGCCGAACCGAACACCCAAAGUCCAUUAAAUCAACAAGCUUCAUAUCUAUGGCCGAAUCAGACCGCCUAUAAAAAAUAUUUAGAUGAAUUUUAUAGUAAACAUAAAGAUUCAUAGAAUAAUAUAUGUACCAUGUAUUAUAUUUAAUUUGCAUUGUAUUUUGAGUUGUGAAUGUUUGAAUAUGUUUGUAAUGGGAUGGGAAGUUGAUAGAGUUGUUUCGAGUACAAAGUUUUGUUUUAUAAACUUUAAAUAUUAAAUAUUUGGAGGCCUUACAAAAUGAAAUAACUAUUUUUAAUGUAAUAUUUCUCUCUCAUAAUUUGUAGUAAGAAUCAUAAGUAUGUAUAUAUAUAAUAAUAUAAUUUUAACUAUAGCCGACUAAAUUCAAAUUAUAAAAUUAGAUUCUCUUGUCAUAUAUAGUCGUAAUAUGAAAUGUUGUUUGUAAGCCUGUCACUUCACAUCCCAGGGUUUGGUCUUCAUGGUGGAGUAAAUAUUGAGAGAUCAUUGACAAUUAUAAUUAUUUAGUGCAAUUUAA